UCCGGUCCGGUCCGGUCCGGUCCGCGGCGCCAUGCUGUGCCACGGCGACGGCCUGCUGGGCACCUUCACGGCGCUGCUGGGCACGGCGCUGGCGCUGAGCCGCAGCCCGGUGCUGGCCUGCCUGCUCGCGGCCGGCCUCUACCUGGCGCUGCACCUCUUCAGCCUGGAGCCCGCGGCGCCGCAGCGGGCGCAGCGCCUCGUGCGUCCCCGCGGCGCCGCCGCCCGCAUCGCCCACCGCGGCGGCGCGCACGACGCGCCCGAGAACACGCUGGCGGCCAUCCGACAGGCAGCUGAGAAUGGAGCAACGGGAGUUGAGCUGGACCUUGAAUUUACUGCGGAUGGUGUUCCUAUUCUAAUGCAUGAUGAAACAGUAGAAAGGACAACUGAUGGUUCUGGAAGAUUGUGUGACUUGACCUUUGAUGACGUUAGGAGGCUUAAUCCAUCUGCAAAACAUAGGCUAUGGAGCAAAUUCCAGGGUGAAAAAGUACCAACUUUGAAAGAGGCUGUUGUGGAGUCUAUGCAACACAAUCUUAUAAUCUACUUCGAUGUCAAAGGCCAUGCAAACCAGGCAGUUGAUGCUCUAAAACAACUCUACCUGGAAUUUCCUCGUUUGUAUAACAACAGCGUAGUCUGUUCUUUCAUGCCGGGUGUUGUUUAUAAGAUGAGACAAGCUGAUAGAAAUGUUGUAACAGCACUAACACACAGGCCCUGGCAUCUGAGUCAUCUUGGAAAUGGGACAGCUCGUUUCAAUUCCUUCUGGAAACAUUACUGGUAUAUGAUGAUGGAUGUCAUUCUAGAUUGGAGCCUACACAGUUUCUUGUGGCGAUUAUGUGGGGUUUCAGCUUUCCUCAUACAGAAAAAUUUUGUUUCUCAAGAGUACGUGAGGCACUGGUCUUCAAAAGGAAUUCAAGUGGUUGCCUGGACAGUGAACACAUUUGCAGAAAAAAGAUAUUAUGAAACCGUCCUUGAAGCCAGCUACAUCACAGACAGCUUGGUGGAAGACUGUGAUCCUCACUACUAGACCUGUGCUUUGUAGGCUGCUCACCAAUUUAAACAGGCCAUCUUAUUCGGGCAGGUCUGAAUUUACCAUCAAGAGGGUAUACCAUAAUGCAGAUGGGACUGCUAAUGAUAGUUCUGGAGAAAGGAAGAGCAGUGGUUUACUUCUACUGUUUGAGCAGAUCUUGAAUGCAGAAAAACCUUCUGUUGCAACACUGGAUAAAGCUGAGGUGCAAACGUUAUUAGUCCAGGGAGAAACACUGAGUCUGUAUGAAUAUGAGGAAAUCACAGUGCAAUGUAGAAGGAUGAGUUUUGACAAGCUAACUAGGUAUCAAGCUAUAUUUGCAGGUUGCUUCAUGAUUCUCAGACUAUUCCUUUGCUUCGCUUAAAUCUUGGUUAUAAAGUCAAAUCAGCAUUUUUUGUGGCAUAAUUUAAAACCAUACUUUGAUUCUAGUAAUUUAAACAAUCUCUUCUACAACUAUAUAAUAAUUUGAGGUGUAUCUGUGGCAUCUUAAAAACAUCUAUACUACUGUUUUUAAAACAGAACCUGAAAAUAAUAAUGCCAAAGUAGAGUGCGAGUAUACUUCCCUCCCACUGCAUGGAAAGAUGGCCAUGUUGUAUCCUGACAAGGAAAUAAAAGCCAGCUUCCCAUGUUCAGUGUAAAGACUAUGAGCAUUAAUGGUUAAAACUUGAGCACCUUCUUACCUUCAGUUUUUUUUUAAAGGAGUAAGGCAGGACAGAAGAUUAUUCCUUCCAACAGUACCGCACAUGAAUGUAUUUAUUUUUUAGAAGAAAGCUAUCUAUUGAGUGGUGCUAGCUGUAGAACAAAUAGAGCUGAAAUGCCUUUUGUAGUUGGCUGAAGAUUUGUUUGCACGAUUGAAGGACAAGGAUAUGUGGGAAUCUGUCAUCCAGAUUUAAUUUGAAAUCAAGAGAGUCUGCAGUUACAAUAAACAAAUAUUUGUACUCACAAGGGUACUGUACGUUUUACCAGCUGCUUAUCAGCAGAUUGAUGUAGUAUCUGAAAAUCAGUGCAGGAGAGUUGCCUGAUGUUUUUUCUAAUGAAUAAACCCCUUUCCCCAUUACAGCAACAAUCAGUUUGCCAUGAACAGUUUCAUCUCUGCUCUAGAAAGAGCUGGUAGUUUGAGAAACUUGUCAACGCUAACAAGAGCAAAAAUGAAACCACCUUUUCUUAAAGGCCAAAUACAUGGAAAAUUUAUCAAGUUGAAUAAUUAAAUUCCAUUAAUUUCAAAAAAAAAGGGAUAUUAAUUUCAGUAUAAAUGAAAAAUUCAAACAUUUAACUGGUUACCUGCUGCAGUUUAUUGAGAUGUAAUCUCACAAGAUACCUUUAGACUGCCACGUGUAGCAAUGUAUGUUUGAGCAGAAAGUGUAAUCACGUUGUAGUAAGCUAGUCCCUUGUACUACUUCAUAUUGUUGAAUUCUUUCUUUGUUUAGGCCUUGUUUUUCAGCUCAGAUACUGCACUGCACACUGGCUGCUCACUUCAUAAUGUGCUAUGAGGGAACUGCACCUACAAGAAGUAGGACAGCAGAUUACAUGGAUCAGUGGUACAGUUUAGUACGUUGCUUUAGAUACAAACAGUUCUUGAUAGUACACCUCAUAGUUAGAAUUAGUUCUCACUUCACACAGCCAACUAAUAUUUAAAAAUCAACCUGUAUAAAAGAGAUAAAAGGUAAUUUUAAAAAGUUAAAAUGAACAGUGGAAAACAGUGAACAAUUGUCCUAAUAAAAACAAGUCCAAACUUCUGGGUUAGUGGCAGGUGGAAUGCAUCUCCCUCCUCAGACAGUGAGGCAGUACUCCUGAAUGCAGUUGGCAGUGAUGUUGCGAAUUGCUUGGUGCAUGCCAGGUUUCAGAAAUUCUUAUUUUCCUGUCUGGUUAUGAAAUCUUUAUUACUGUAAGGAUUAUUUAUUUGCUACAGUGCUUACUCCCUGCUGGAAGAGAGCAGUAAAGGGUGCAAUUAUGAUCAGAUGGGUUGAUGAAAAGAGCAUCAGAUAGAUUCUGGAAAUAAAUAGCUUUAUACACUAACAUGGGUGCAAACAGGGCUGCUGUAAAUGGGGCCAAAUGGACAUUGACAGACAAACAUUUUGUGAAACAAUGAAUUUGUUACUCAGGUAUCCAACUGUCAGGAUUUUUAGCCAAUGAAUGCUACUUUCUGCAAAGGGUGGAUGAUUUUUUUUCUUGAAUCUCAAAUUACCUAUAAGCACAAAGACACUUAGGAGUAAGGAGGAGUGCCAGACUCACUGAAGCAGCUAUGCUAUCAGUAUUACGAGCGCCUUUUCUCCUUGUGUCACUCUUCCACCAUGUACUGCAGAACAAGUGAUCCUCCUCUUGAUCUUCCGGUGCACAUCCUGUAUCAAAUCUACAUACACUGCUGUGUCCUAUAGCCAGCUCUCAUGGUGCUGGAUCGGAAGAGCCGGCCUCCUGCCAAAUGUCCCUCGCUCCAGAGUUCCACUCUUUUUAUUGCUUCUCAGGUCCUGGCCAUACUGAGUCACUGUCCUCAGUGCUAACACAAGGCCCAUUCUCAAAUAUUCACUACUAGACUCUAGAGCUGUGUACACAGCAAAACUUAAUAAAAUUGAAUCUUUGGUCUUGCA